AUGAGAAUGGGCUUCAGGCUGAUGAAUAUUGCUCGUGGAAAGUUGCUCGAUGAGUCUGUUCUGAUCGACGCGCUCAAGCGGGGUCAGCUUUCUGCAGCUGGUCUUCGAACGAGCCGCACGUUAAUAAAGAGCUGGGGUAAGAUGAAGAUGGCGGAAAUCCUGACGCACAAUGCCGGUAUUUCUUUGGAUUUGCAUAUUGGGUUUGAGCGUCUGGGUUUGGAGAACAUCAUAUCAUUCCUGCAGAAUGGCAAGGCCAUGACUCCUGUCAACCAACAUCUGUUGAAUAAGGCACUCGUCUAA